UGUCGACAUGGCAGGCACUAUCGGUCAAGAAAAAAUUGUAACGACUUCUUUCCUCCCAAUUUACAUAUUCCUCAAUGUUUUCCACUGCAUAUCUUCAAUAAGAAGGUAACAUGGCAAUUAAAUUUGGCUACUGAUAUUGGGACUAAUCAAAUUUAUCCCUCAGUGGAGUGGAGAAUACAAAUUUCAGAUUUUAUGUUCCUUGGGCAAGAAGAAACCAGAGGAGAUUAUGCAGAGCAGGGUGGCAGAAGAGAAAAGAGAACAGACACUACUGGUGAGGGUGAGGUCAGAGGAAUCACGGGUGGUGGCGCUGCAGCCGCCCCCUUCUACAAUACCAAUGCAUGUGCUAUUAAACCAAGUAGAGGUGGGGAGCAACCAAUUGAAAGCUCAAAUGGAUAUCAUGGGCCUUACAUCAAUUGCGAGAAUCAAAUUGAAAUUACUUCACAAAGCCUGCAUGAACUGGCAGUAUCAUCAGGGAUAUUCAAGCUACCAUCUUCACCUUCAGCAAUGCAGCCUAAUGCAUUUGGUCUUGGAAGCAUUGGGGUUUCCCCAAAACCAGCUUUUUCAAAGAUUCCCAGUCAAAUUUCUCAAGCAGGAUCACCUAUGUUGAUAGGAGGUACUUCUCAAGAGGUUUACGGAGAUGCAAUUGAACCACCAUUUGCAUUUCAGUUUGGUAGCAUAUCUCCUGCAUUCGCAAAUGGCAUGCAGAAUCCACUUCAAGAGUCUCAGGUUCAAGGAAGAAGAUAUUUACAUGCAAAUGGACUUCCUUUCCCUUCGCCGAACCAUUGUCUUAUAGCCAGAGCUGGAAAUCCAGUACAGUUUCAACAGACUCAGACUCAGUCUGUUCCAGUACAGAUGCAAUAUUCAGUACCUACUUCACAAGCACAAUUGUCAGGUGGUACUCUGGAACCAUUGUCAUCAUUACAGCCAACUGCCUUGCAUUCACAACAGGCAAUGAUGCUGCAGGGGCAAUGUUUCAGAUUACAACAGCCUAUGCUUCUACACACAUCACAUGGUGUGCCUCAGCAUCUUAAUCCCAUUCCUUUUCGAUUACCAAUGCAACAAUUGUCACAGAUAGCCCAUCCUGUGAGCUCUAGAGCCAUUGUUAGUAUUGGAAGUAAGCAACCUAGUCAGAUCCCUGGUACACAGUCUGGGCCUCCGGUUGAAGAUCAUUGCAUUAAUCCACAUCUCAAUAGGGCCAUUAAGAUCACUCAUCCUGUGACUCAUGAAGAGUUGAGGUUUGAUUCGAAGUGUAAGAAAUCUGAGUCAUAUAUGGAUACUUGUAUGCUUUCGUUCCCAGGUUCCCCAAUCAUGCCACAGAGAACAGCUGCUAACCAGUCUCCUCAGUUAUGCCCUCCAGUUGAUUUUCAGACUCAGAAUUUUUACUCAGCACAGGAAAGAUCAUAUAGGCAUGCGUUGCCUACAUUUUAUCAGCGUCCGAAGACUUCUCUUCCUAUGGGCUCAUUGAGGGUUCCUGAGCAAAACACGGCAUUCUCUGCAUGGAGCACCCAGCCUCUUGCUCCCAGAGCUAGUAUUGGGACUCCAAGGAUUAGUGUUCUUCCUGGCCAUGCAGUGCCAAUUUAUUUGGCAACAGAUAAUGAGAGAGUACAAUCUGUUGUUUCUCUGCCUGCAGAAAAGCAUAUAAUUACCUCUUCAUCUUUUAUUCAGGUUGAUGACACUUAUCUGCCAAACAGUACAUCUGUCACAUGCAGUGGAGAGUUGGAUUCAUCAGAAAUUCUUUCUCCAGGCAAUUGCUGGAGUUCAGCUACUCAAAGUGGUUUAUUGUCUUCUUUAGCAAGUGAGACAUCAACCCUUAGCUAUGAUAGAACAAGAUCUGUAGUGGAUUCAGCUACUUGUGGCAUUAAACAAUCAAUUCCAUGUACAUCUGUUUCCAUAAAAUUGACUCCAGAUGUUGAUAUGGCUUCAUCCGAUGCUUCAGUUCCUGAACCAACAGGAGGACCAAAAAUCUCUAACCAUGGACUUCAGAAAGGAGAAUCUGUCAAAGCAUCGAGCCCAACAACAGUGGAGCAUUCAAACAAGAGAAACAAAAAAAAGAUUCAGCAGAAGUCAUUUUCUGCAUCAAAAUUUGAUGACCCAAAGGAAGCUUUAGUUAAUUCCUCUUCUGUCAUUUCCUCACAUUCUUUUGUCAAUAAUUUAUCUGGUGAUGGAAGAUCAUUUGUAUUACAAGAAUCCGGGAACUUGAAUGAAGUGGAGCUAUUCAAUGCAGAAGAAUUUUCUGCAGACAGAACUACAGUGACUGCAGGACAUGUUAAUGUCUGUCGAGUUAGCGAUGAUAAAGUAGUUAAUGAGAUCAUUGAACAUCCAAGGCCAAUGGAUGUGGCACAAAUUACAGAAACAAAUAUUAAUUUAGAUGCAAGUACCAGAAAUUUCAAAAUGGAAAAAACAGCUGAAAUGGUGAAUCUGGAUAAUUCUUCUGUGAACUCCAUAAUCAGUGACAAUGACGUUCUGCUAGUUGGAAAUCAUGUAGUUGAUGCAUAUGAAAGUCAAAAUAAUGGCAUUACAAAGUUUGAUUCAACUUCUGCUGCUGUCUCUUUGCAUGGAAAUUCCCACAUCAUUACUAAAUCUAGGGCAGUCUUUAAUUCUAAUACCUUCCUUCAAAAAUCCCCUCCAACUGCAGAAAAAAAGACCGAGGAAUCAUUUCCAUCAGUCGUCUCAAGUGAAAUUCCUGAUGGAUCAAAUAGGAAGCAAAUAGGUUCAGAUGUAAGCAUGUCUCAAGAGCAUUCUUUGGAAGCUGUGGAUGAACAAUCAACAUUACAAGAGCCUUGUACAAAGGAGAAUGAAAAUAUUAUUGGAACUACUAUUCAAUUCAAGCAAGGUGAUUCUUCUCAGGUCAAAGAAGUUGCAGUGCAUGAUAUGAAGACCCAUUGUGAAUUUGGUCACGAAUCAGGAGAAGCAAUGCUUAUGCAUGAGGUAUCCUUUGUCACAGAAUCAGAAAUGAAGAAAGUUUCAGAGGGUGCUAGAAAAAGGGCUAGUGUCAAUUUGAAAGAUAAGCCUGUGGGUCUUACGCCUAGUGCUAAAGAAAAGGUUGAAAGUGUCUCAGUAAUAAGCAAUUCUCAGGCUUCACUUGGUUCUAGAAUGAAGCAUAAUAGUAGCAAGAAGAAGAAGAAGAAAAAGAAGAAGAAAUAUCUAGCCAGAGCAGAUGCUUCCAGUUCAACUGGUGACUUGUAUGACUUGUCUAAUGCAUAUAAAGCACCAGAAGAAAAGAAUGAUGAUGUUAGUUGUCUAAACACAUCUAAUUUUGCCAGGCUUUCUGUUAAGGGCAAACAUUCAGUUAGAUCUGCCAAGAAAAUCCAAAUAAAAUUAGAUGAUAGCGAACGCUUAGCAGAACUUCCAACUGAAAACAAUUUGAUGGAAAACAGGCUCAUUAAUUUUACAAAAACAGUGCAGGUGGAUGUCCCAAAAGCUAGAAGUCUGGAAUACAGGAAGUACACAAGAGAUUUCUUGUUAACAUUUAUGGAUCAAUUCAGAAAUCUUCCUUCUCACUAUGAAAUUCAACCUGACUUAGCAGAACAUCUCUUCAAAUUUUCACGAUUUUUUAGUCAUUCAUAUGAAACACACACAUCUGUCAAUAUUGGAAGGGCUUUUGAUUGUCCGCUUAAUAGUGGUGAUCAAUCUGAGCAUUUAAUUAGCAAUUUAGGCAGUGAUAAUAGAAGGAUCAGGUCAGGUGGAUAUGUUUCUUCAGGUCAUGAUAUUCAAAAGGUAGCUGGUCCUGAAUGGCCUGCUGACGGCUUUCGACCUGGGUGUGGUUUGAAUCCUGGACUUAAAAGGAAUGUGCAUGGAGCAGCAGUGAAUCCAUCCAUUCCUGCUUCUAUUCCUGGAGAUCCUUUAAGACAAAUGUCUGUUCCUUUGGGUGACAGUCGGAGGAACACAUGUGAUGCUAAUAGGUGGAAGCAUUGCAAGCACUCUUCUGUUUCUUUCCAAAAGGGUUUUUUUCCUACAUGGAAUAAUUUACCUGCAAUACACAAAGCCAAUAAUAAGUAUGAAAUUGGCAAAGUUUCUGAUGAGGAAAACUCAAAACAAAGACAAAUUAAGGCAAUUUUGAACAAAUUAACACCUCAGAAUUUUGACAAACUUUUUUAUAAGGUUAAAGAAGUGAAUAUUGAUUCUGCAUUUACUCUUACUGGGGUGAUAUCUCAAAUUUUUGAUAAAGCCGUAAUGGAGCCCACAUUCUGUGAGAUGUAUGCAAAGUUUUGUAUACAUCUUGCAGCAGAGCUGCCAGAAUUUUAUGAAAAUAAUGAACAAAUAACUUUCAAGCGAGUCCUUCUCAAUAGGUGCCAAGAAGAGUUUCAAAGUGGUGAAAGGGAAUGGGAAGAAGCUGAUAAGAUUGAAGAAGAUGUUGAAGUGGAACUAUCUAAUGAAUCCAGAGAAUAUAAGCGAAUCAAGGCACGGAGACGGAUGCUAGGAAAUAUAAGGUUCAUUGGUGAACUAUACAAAAUAAGCAUGUUGAGUGAGCGUAUCAUGCAUGAAUGCAUCAAGAAGUUACUUGGAGAGCAUGAGAAUCCUGAUGAAGAAGAUGUUGAAGCACUGUGCAAAUUGAUGAGCACUAUUGGGCACAUGAUUGAUCAGUCAAAGGCCCGAGAGCACAUUGAUGUUUAUUUUGAGAUAAUGACCAGAUUAUGUAAUAAUCCAGAGCUACCUUCUAGGCUGAGGUUCAUGUUGAAGGAUGUGAUUGAUCUUAGGAAGAAUGGAUGGCAACAAAGGAGAAGAGUAGAGGGUCCAAAAAAGAUUGAAGAAGUGCAUAGAGAUGCAGUUCAACAGCGUCAAGCACAUAGUGUCCGUUCAAAACGUGGGCAUGCAAGUGGUUCUUCAGGAAGAAGGAUCCCUACACUCAAUGACUACGCUUCAUGGAAAUCUACAUCCAUGGAAUUUUCUUCAUGUCAACCAAUAGGUUCGGUUCAGAAGAUUCGGGAAGCCCAGCUUCACAGGGGAAUACAUGCUUAUGGUAGGCAAGAUGUAAGAUUAGAAAGCAAGCUUGUUUCAGAAAGGAAGUCCAUACAUAAGAAGUCAAGACACAGACCAUCUGAAGUUCCUUUGACACUUGGACCUCAGGGAGGUCUUACCAGGGGAGUGAUAAAUAGGAAACAACCUGUUUUACUUGUACAGAACGAUGCAGCAGAUGCCCGCCAAGUUUUUCCUAUGGAUAACAAACAAGCAAACUUGAGACAAAUGAUAGGUCAGAGUAAUAUUAUUGAUUGUGAAGGGUUGGCCGCAAGGGGUGAAUAUAUGUUAAAAACUGUUUCUGUAGCAAUAACUCCAAAUUCAUUUGAGCAGUCGCUGAUGCCAUCUGUUCAGGAAAGAAAUUCUAUCACUCCCUUGAGUAAAAAUUCUAGGAAGCAAGAAUGUUCUGUUGGUAAUUCUGAGGUCAUAGAGAAUAAUGGAAACCAACUGCAAGAUUCACUAGAUAAGAUACCAAUGGCCAAGCAUUCGCUGAGGGAAAAGUCAGAUUUGGCAAUAAAGGAGUAUUACAGCGUGAGAGAUAUGGAUGAAGCUGCUUUGUGUGUGAAUGACCUUAAGUCAGCAUGGUUUCACUCAGAUAUGGUGUCCCAAUGGGUGAUAGAUUCAUUUGACAGGAAAGAUGUUGAAAGGGAUUUGCUUUCAAAGUUACUUGUACACCUGCACAAGAGAAAGCCUGCCAUACUAAAUCGUGAGCAACUCAUAAGAGGGUUAGCAAUCUCAUUAUCCUCCUUGGAAGACCGUAUUAUUGAUGCUCCCAGGGCACCUGACUUCUUUGGUGGGAUUCUUGGCAAAAUGGUUGUAGCAGAAAUCCUUUCAUUUGCAGAAUGUACAAGGAUAAUUAAGGAAGGGGGGAUAGAGCCGGGGAAUUUAUUAAAAGUAGGCCUUGCAUUAGACAUGGUUACUAGUGUCUUGAAUAUUGUAAAGAGGGAAAGGGGGAAGGCUGCCAUGACUGAUAUGUACAAAGCAUCAGAAUUGCGAUUGAAAGACUUCAUGCCUUGUGAUAAGAAUCAACACUAUCUUGAAUCUCUUCUUAAGAAGAAGAACUUACAGUGUAUGUUCAGUAAGCAUUGGAAGGCGUCAGUAGUCAAAUAAUGUUCCAAAGUCAAAUACGCCACUGUUAAUUUUGCAAUAUUUGUUUAUGAUGCAUCUAUCCUAUACACCUCUGGAACAGACUUUCACGUGGAUAGAGGGUGCUUAAGCUGUGCCAUUACUUAAUUAUGAACUGUUUGUAUUUUCCUGUUAAUUAGCUGCAUCUAUAAAAUAAUAUAUAGUUAGAGUUCUAUCGA